AUGAAUUUGGAAGAACAAUUGGAAUCAGUAGAAAGAUCAGAGUCUCCUUCAUUAGUUGGCUCCUCAAUCCGGUCAGCUGACGAUUCACCUCACCGAAACUAUAUUCAUCCAGAAAAAUAUCAAUCAUCUAGAUCAAAGUCUAAAUCGAGACUUAGAAGAUUGAAUCCAGCAGUCACUGCGUCAUUGGAUGAUUUGAUUAAUGAAGGUGCCUUAUUAGGAUCAGAGGAGGAUUUUGAAAAAUUCUUGGAUAACGAUGGUGGUGUCAAGAAGGAUGCUCAAUACACUGCUAAAAAGAAACAAGAUGAAGCUAAAGCUAAAGCUAAAGUAGAAGAAUUGAAAGGGAAGGAGCCUGCUAAAGAAACCAGUGUAAAACUUGUGCUGAACAACGAGAACGAGUUUGGUAGUGAUAUGAAACCAAUCGAGUCUUUAGAAUCCACAACAGAGUCAUCGUUAUUGUCGUCAUCAUUAAAUAAACCAGCAAAAACUUUCUAUCAACAGGAGGAUUAUUCCACUCCCAAUUUGUCGGAGUAUCAAUUGGAUCAGGAAAUAAAGGACCAUAACGAUCUAUUGAGCCACGUAAAAUCUCAUGAUUUGCACAAAUUACCUCGUUCAAGUCUGUCUACACCACACCAAAAGAUAUCGUCACCAAAUUCUUCAACAUCGUCUCAUAAAACAAACCAUCAUGUUCUAUCCGCAGCUCAGCAACAACGAUUGGAAGGGAGUUUACACACUCCAACGUUUCAUACUGAACGUGCAAGAUCAAGAUCAAGAUCAAGAAAUCCCAUAACAAGAGCAGCCGACCGCUCUUCAUCAAGAUCUUCAGUUAACUCAUCAAUACCACAUUUGGCUAAGGGUGAAUCUUAUAAAUAUGUGCAUAGCGAAGAUCCAACCCAAUAUGAGUCGCCUUUGGAAGUAUCAAAUAAAGAGACACCAGAUGUAGAGGAAGAAGAAGAGAAAGAGGAAAAGGUAGAAAAGGAGGAGGAGGAGGAAAAGGAAAAGGAGGAGGUAAAGGAAAAGGAAAAGGAAAAGGAAAAGGAAAAGGAAGAGGAAGAGGAAGAGGAAGAGGAAGAGGAAGAAGAGGAGGAGGAGGACAGACGCACAAGACACACAAGACCAACAAUGGGUGAGUCCAUUGCUGCUGCAGAAGCCGAACAAGCCGCCAAUCCAGCUUUUGUCUCGGAAUACGAAUCGGGGUCGUUAACUAGAGAUCCAUCAUUGGUAACAACUGGUGAUUACACAAAUUUCGAAGUUGACUCGCCUGCAUCAAAGUUACCUGCUUCGGACCGUUUAUACGCAUCGAGAUCAGCCUCUUCCACUAAUUAUUUAAGGUCCAUUUCUAGAUCUAGAUCAAGAGCAAGACCUCUUAAUAAUGCAAAAGAUGAGAAGAAUGAUGCUACUACUGAUACAUUGAUUGCAGAAGGAGCAUUGGUGACUGAUGACCCCUAUGCUUCCAUUGAUCAAUUGGAUAAUAUGGUUAAAAAUGUUUUGAGCGGUAAAGAUGCUAAUGGUACCAACUUUUUGCCAUUGACAGAGGAGACGGAAAAAGACGUUGAAAACGAUAAGGAAAAAGGAGAGAGUACAGUUAAAAAGGAUAAUCACAAAGCAAGUGCUGAGAAAAAAGAGGAAUCGGAACUGGAACAAGUGAAUGCAAAUGCUACGCAUGAAGAUUUGAUUGAUGAAGACAUUGAAAAUGCGAAAGGUCAUACUAAUGAAAAGGACAAUUCCAACACCGAGACUUUGGAAGAAGAGGGAGCUUUAAUUGGUGAUGAUCCUUACGUCGAAAUUGAUAAGGAAGAGUUAGAAAAGGAGGGAGUAACUACAGACUUGACUUUAGAAAGCUCAAAGUCUAUCGAAAGCAACACAGAGAGCUCUGUUGAUAAGGGUGCGCAACAGGAAGUGGAGAAAAAAGAGGAAGAAGAAGAAAAGGAGGUGGAGGAGGAGAAGGAAGAGGAGAAGAAGGAAGAGGAGGAGAAGAAGGAGGAGGAGGAGAAGGAGGAAAACCACAAUCCUAAACUCAAAGAGUUAACAAAGGAACCAGAAGAUAAUUUACUAGCAUCUUCGGGUGAUACUGAUAGUCCCGAAGAUUUAAAAAACAUUGUUGAGGAAGAGGAAAAAGGCUUGAAGAAUAUUGAGAUUGAAAAAGAAAAAGGGUCGAUGGGUAAAAUACCAGUUGAUGAAAAAGCUGAGUUGGAGUCUGCUGAAAAGAACAAAGAAUCAGGCGAUGUUGGUGAGACCAAAACGAGCAAGCAAGAUUCUACGACAGCAACAGUAACAUCUCUUGCCGAAGACGAUGAUUUAGACGAUUUGGACAUUUCACCUGAAGAGAUCCGUAAACAUCUUGAAUCUCUUCCAAUUUAUCUUUUCACCUCACUUGCCGGGGGAAUGCAAAUCGUUCCAAGAACCAAUAGAUUAGCUACGAUUUUGCAAGCAAACGGCAUUAAGUUUGAAUAUAGAGACUUGGGAACCGAUGAAGAAGCAAAGAAGAUAUGGAAAAGACAAGCUGCAGGUAAAACCUUACCUGGAAUUGUUCGUGGAGACGACUUUAUUGGAAACUGGCAAGAGAUUGACGAGGCGAAUGAAGAGUACAAGUUGAAGGAACUCUUGUAUGAAAACUUUUGA